AUGGCAAAAUUCUAUGGAAAAGUUCUGGAAGCGUCACCGUCCACUGCUGCUUCUUCGCUAUCUGUAACUGAUAUUCAAGGAUGUAUAGAUGAAUGUUACGAUCAGGAUUCUUGUAUUCUGGCUGCUACUUCAGUGGAUUCGGAUGGCAGUUGUCAUUGUACACUGUACUCUGUCGUUCCUGAAAUGACUAUAAGUGUUGAAGAAGCUGGAAAUGACGAGGCAACCUACGUGGCUUUCAAGGUAUGCGCGUACUCUAAAGUUUCCCUUUGAAAAUGUGCUUUUCGACGUUGCUCGACGAGAACACCUGCCCGGCCACCUACUCUUCCAUCAAUUUCCGAGCUCCAACAUCCGACGCCUACAUUUCGUGGUCUUUUAACGAAACCUGGUCGCUGCGGACUUGUAAACAGAACUGGACACGAUUCGAAAGAGAUGAUGACAAUGUCGUCUGUAUGCAAGUGUUUGAGAAACCGUAUGGCACGAAGAGGACGGACGCAGAAGCAGUCUGUACAGCUCAAGACGCAGUGAUCACUGGAGUUGGUUCCGUCGAAGAAUGUCAAUGGAUUGAAGGUUCUUGAAUUUGAGAAUUUUAAAUUAGUUAUACCGAAUUACAGAGAGAUUGGUAGAGUUGGAUCCCACGAUUAUCAAUUGGCUAGGGUUUUGGGUCGACGGCCUCCGAAAUUGCUCCAGCGAGUGUGCUGUAACACAGGUAAGUGUCAACUUGAAGCAGCAACACAACAGUUGGACAUACAAUAGAACUUUGUGUACACGGACGGUUACACGCCGCCUUACCCCUUUGGAACUGGCGCACUUCUCGCGAACACGACUAAAAUGUCACUCUGGAAAGGGUAAAGACGGCUUUGUAGCCGAUUUGGAACAGGAAUUUCAGAUCACAAAGCGAGAAUUGUUUGAGUGUCACAAGGCAUGAUGGUGCGGCGAUAUUGAACGAUGUUGGAUGCACGACUUGGGUUGAUUCGGUCGGAGUCGCUUGUGGAUACUUGCUUCAGAAGUUGACGCUGAUUUAG